AUUAGAAAUUAAAAUGGCGUUUUUAGAUAUGGAGGAAGAUUUUUUAAUGUUUAAUAUCACGUAACGGUACAUCAAUUAAUCCUCAUUUUUCAUCAAGGUUAUGGCAGAUGAUUUAGACACUGGUAAAAUUGACAGCCAGAGAGAGGUAAAGAAUGAAGACAGUCAAACAGAAGAAGACAGAGGUGAUGUUGAGUCCCCAGAAGAACGACAGCCAAGUCAAGAAACCCCAAACCUCGUUCUGAGAUCAAGGCUGGAUGAGCGCUGCAGUAAUGAUAGCGCCAUGGCUCGCCUUCUGCUGGCUAGUUCGAUGGCUCAGCGAGACAUGGCAGUAAAUGAUCACGAUACACCUACAAGUGCCCUGAAUCUGUCGGUUCCAGAUCAUGGACGUAAACUCUCCUACUCUCCCUGCCGGAAUUCGGAGAUGAGGAGAGAUGUGAGAAGUGUUGGAUCGUCACAUCACAGUCAGUCACCGCCAACGUCAGACAUUCAGAGGAGCUGUGGAACUCCCUCAAGUGGACAGGGAAAUUCCCAUGGAGAUGGAAUCCAGGUGGAUUUUGGAAAAGAUGCUACUUACAUGCUGCCUGACUCCUCACCCGAGUCUUCACCAAUGGACUCAAUGAUGGCCAAUGUAUACAAAUGUAGACUUUGUAGCUUCUGCACAUCCACCUAUACUCAGCUGCAAUUACACAUGCCAAAGCAUGGAAGUGUUAAAGCAUUAAAGUGCCAUUUGUGUGAUUACACCACCAAUGACAAGAGUAACUUCCGUCGCCAUCGCAGACUUCACAUUGGAAGUAAUCCUGUCAACGUCCUGAAGUGUGGCAAAUGCUCAUUCUCAACCAUACUGCCUCGUAAAUUCCGAGAACAUUUUGUCCAAGUCCACAAUGAACACCCUGGUCCUAACAUGCCCUACACCAUGCCCCCAAUCAACACCUACCCUCCCACCAAUUAUCCAGACACUCACUUUGGAAUCAAUCAGUCAGACUUGGGAGCUCAAGGUCUCCGUCAUACAUCUGGGAGUGGGAAUUUCUCGGCAUCCAAUGCCCUUCACUCUUUGCUGACCGGUAUACACCACCAGGUCCCAACAGUCAACUACCAACACCAGCCCUUCUCCACCCAGACACAGGGAAUCCAGCCUCAGUUUGGUGGCUACGUGGCACCGAUCCAACAACAGGCCAAUGAGGAGAAUCACAUGGCCUCUAAUUACCUACGCUCAAUAGUGUCAUCCAUUAUGAAUACUCAUCCCUCUCACAGAGUUCCCCCAAGCAGCACCAUUACAUCCUCGGGGUAUUAUCUCAGUCCCUCAGGGCGGGAUCAUCCUCAUGUCUCACAGGUUGCCGUCAUGUCAGAUGGCAGGGAUCACCAAAUCAAAGUGAAAGUCGAACCCCCGGAGCGCGACGACACCCCAGACGUAUCCAGCUCAGUGAUUCCAAACCGUCAGCAAGGAUUUCAAAACGACCUCGGAAAUCUGAGCGCAUUUCAUCUCCAACAUCAGAAAAAGCUAGUGACAGUCGACAGCAAUGAGGCAUCUACUUCCAUGAGGGCAAAUUCUGCUGAGUCCUCAAAUUCCUCUCAGGCUGAGGAGCGAUCAAACAGUGUCAACACUACUGUUAAAAUUGAAAUUCAAAAUCGAGGAAUUCAGUGUAAUCUCCAGCACAUCAAAGCCGAAGCCUGCUUUGACUCUUUUGUUUCUGUGUCAGAUCAGGGCGUGCAGUGUGAACUUCUUGCCAACAGAGGGCAGUUGUCUCAGCACCAAAGGUCUGCAAGCAAUGAAAUGGGGUCAAAUAUACAACAUUGCAGUCGCUGCAACCAUUGCGGCAUUUCAUUUGAGGAUGAGGUUUUGUAUUACAUCCAUGUUGGUUGCCAUAGCCACACUGACCCUUUUGUUUGUAAUGUUUGUGGCAAGCAGUGUGGCAACAAAUAUGGCUUUUAUUCUCAUAUAAUGAGAGGUCAUCAGUGCUAAGCAUUCAAAGUGUUGAAAUUAUGUUUUGAAGGUUAACUUUUUUAUUAACUUCUAGAAAGUUAAUAAAAAUAAUUGUACUUUAAUGAUAUUUUGUUAAUUGCAAUGGAACCAUUGCAGUAGAGACUCUCUUUCAAUAACUCCCAGAGGACCCCCCUUCACCCCCCCCCCCCCCCCAUGUCUAAAAAAAUAAUUUUGUCCGUAAGUCAUUUUCAUUUGUGCUUAUGCUUUAAUUGUUAAAGAGGGCUGGAUGUUCAAGACCAUUUUUAGACCUUAUAGACCUUCUGUAGAAGAAGAGCUCUCUAUAAAAAUAUAGUAAAACAAUAAAAAUUUAAAGCUAAAUUAUGUGGAAUUUUUCUUUACUAAAUAAUAGUUUAAAACUUUGAAAAAAGAUUAUAAAAUUUAGGUAGAUCUGAUGGUUAAUUUGUUGACGCCCAAUCUCCUUAUAUUGUAUUGAUUGUAGACACAAUGUCUAGACUUUUCGCCAGUGUUGCUAAAUUUUGGCAUGUAAUAUUUAUUUGUGCCAGGAACACCAAAUUAUGAAUUUCAAAGCCUUUGAAUCCUUCACAUGGCAAUUUUUGUUCUUGGACCAAAACUGUGAAAAUUAACGCUCUGUUUUACAAAAUAAGUGUAUUAUUUUCAUAUUUUAAACAUUAAAAAUAUUCUUUUUUCAUGUUUGAGGAGAUAAGAAACAAAAUGCAUGUCUUAGAAACCAGAAACAGAAAUUCAUUUUCAGUAAACAGUAAUUCUUCUUUAUCAUUAAGAUUACUACAUUAUCUCAUAGGACUCUAGUUUCCUUUGAAUCCCAUAUCAAAUUGUAAAGUAUGUAAAAUUAUUUUGUCUUGAUCUCGAUGCACAUAUUUGCAAGAUUACGGUAGCUCUAUUUUAUACGUCGGUAUUUUUGUUUUUUAAUUUUUUUUUUUUAAAUAGAGAGAUCUCUGCUUAGAUAUUUAAUUAUUGAAAUUGCCAUAAUGUUGUCUCCACAUACUAAUUGAUUGAUCACCUUUGAACGCAGUUAUAAGUUUCUUUUUCAUUUGGAAAAAUAGAUCUUUUUGCUUUAUGUACAAAAAUUGUCUAUGUUUGCUUUUUCCCCAAAAUGUAUGAGUACUUUUGCUCAGAAUUCUAUAUGCAUGGUAAAAAUGAAGAAACAGAGACAUGUUGUGUUUGGUAAUGUACCUUACCAAAGUCGGCCAAAUUGUCACUUAGUUUUUUUUACCAAAACAUUAAUAUCAUCCUUUUUACCGGUAUUUUCUAACUUUGGCCACAACUUACAUCGUUGGAGAAAAAAAGAUUCUUAUAUCUAUUGUACGAUUUGAUUUUUUCAAAUUUAUUUAAAAAUUAAAUAUGUGUUUGGAUGUUUUUGUGUGUGUGCUUAUACCGUUGUGUUUGCUUGUUGUUACUGCAUGAAUGUAGCCUAUGAGGAGUACAUUAUUCUCCUCAUAAAAACAUCCUUUUUUUUUUUUAAUUGAAUGUUGUGUUUGGUUAAUUGUAUUCAAUAUUUGUUUUUAUAAGUUUAUAUUUAUGUUACCAAUGUUUUUGUUGUCAUUCUCUUUAUUUACCAAAGUCUACCAUUUGUUUUCAAUAUCAGCUGUACAUUUAAUGUUUUACAAAAUCACCUGUACUUAAAACUUUAAAAAGUUUUAGCAAUCUGCAUUUCAAUAUGUGCAAAACAGUCUUGCUGUUCUCUUGGGAAAAAAAGAAAUUCAGUGCUUAUUUUGAUCUCUUUGUUUGUCAUUGUCAGAAGUGAAGAUUAUAAUUGUAUUGAUUUUUAAGUAGUAAGAGAUUUAAAUUGGCCAAUCACAAAAAUGUAUACAUGUAUCUAUUUAUACCUAGUGAAAAACCCCACUGCUAGGAAGGGUAAUUUUUAUCAUGAUUUAAUUUUUAUUUUGUUUGUCAAAACAUUGUUAUUUUAUUCCUAAAAAGUUCAGAAAGGGUAAGUGGUUUUUUCCCAAUUUUUUUUUUAUUAUAUUAGUGCUCUUCUACCAAAAAUUUAUCUCGCACAGUAUAGUCAAAGUGUAGUUCAGAUUGAAAAUAUUUUGUGCUGUUAUAGUUGCUUGUCAGAAUAUUUGCUGUAUUAUUGAAAAUUCUAUUGACGAAUAGUUCUUUGACUAGGAUUGCAGUUUUAGAAAUUCAAAGGAACAAUCAUUACAGAAUAGCCAUCCUUUCCCAUACUUUUCCCAGUAAAUAAACAUGUUGUUCACCAAUGAUAAUUAUGAGAAAACAGUAUAGGUACAUAUCAUGUUUAUCUUUUGAACUUCAACAUUGAGCAUGUGUACUUUCAACGAUAGGAUUUACGUAUACACACUGAUUUGAAAUGGCAGAGUUCAAUGAGUUUUAAAAUGUACAAUCCCGGUUAUAAAUUAACAUUCAUCCAUUAUUCUAAUUCAGCAUUUUUUGACAUUGUGGCAGCUGCAGAAAUUGAUUAUCAUCUUCUUGAGAAAUGUUUUAAACACCCUCCCAAACUUUACUUCUGUUGUAUCAUUUGUGCAAACACAACAGCCAUAUGAGUGGUGCCUUUGGAGUGAGAAUGGGAGAACUAUGCCAUGAUAAUUUGAAAAUACACUAUUUGAUGGAGAUGGUGAAAAUGAUUAAAUUAUAAAUAUGAAAAUCACCUCAAACUCAUUAUAUUUAGAUAUAUGUACUUUCAUAUGAUAUUAACUGCAGUACAUGAUAAGAAAGAGAAAGGGUAAAAUUUAUUGAAUGUCAUUCAAAAUUUAAAUGCAUCAAUCAAAGGAUUCAACAGGAAUUAAAGAUUGUUAUUAUCUUUCAGUUUCAAAGGUUUGUCCAUAUUUGCAGCAUUCAUCAAUCAUCAUGACUUAAAACAGCAACAUUUUAAUUUUACAUAAAGGAAAAAAGAAUAGAAAAAAUCCUGUCAGCUUAAAUAUAGCACCAGUUGGUGUUGCUUAAAAUAAAAAAAAAGGCACUGCAAGUCUGCAGUUUUGGUGCAGUCAUAGUUUAAGGAUAGACGUGACUAUUCUUAUUCGCUUAUACAUGUACUUCAGAAAUGGUUAUACUUUGCUCCUCAUCUUUUCAUCUUGCAAGAAUUAGAAAUAUGUCUUUUUAAUGCUAAGCAAUACAUUUAUUAGGUAAGAGCAAAACUUGUGUAGGAAUUGUUUCCCUUGUUUCUUGUAAGGUUAUCUCACUAAAUGUUUAUGAACAUUUUUUAAAAAGUCUGCUGAUCACAACACAAAGGGACCUCAUGGGAUAUAUGUAUCUAUUGAUUAGGAAUGUUUUUCUGGAACCAUUAAGUGAUUGUAUGGGGGGAUAAGGUGUGGUUAGGCCCGUAUUGUGAUUUGUUUUGUUAAUUAUUGUCAGUUCAUUUUGUACAUGGAAUAUUAUUUUCAAGUCUUUUAUCUGUGUGUUGAGCAGCCAUGAUUGAGUCACUAAUAAAGUUUCUUAUGCUGAAUUGAUGUGUACCAAUAGUAAUUUUGUGAUGCUGUUAAUUAACUGUGAAAUAUUUGGUGUUACUGUUCUUAUGUCUGUGCAAUAUUCAACUACUAAAACCAUGCAUAUGUGUUUGUUAAUGAUUCAUUCAGUUUUUUUGCAACAUGAUAGUUUGAUGUAACAUUUAAAGGGACUUGGACACGAUUUUGUAUCAAAAUUUUCUUUUUCUUAUUUUAUGUAUAAAAUGGUUUACUUGCUCAUUUUUAAUAAUUGACCAAAAUUUGAAUAUUAGAAGUCAAGUCUUGAGAGAGAUAGGUAAAAAGUCAUUGUUAUUUAAACAAAGCUCGAGUCUUAUAUUUGUUUACAAAUAAUGUAAAGUAUGGAAUUACCAUUUCUUUGACCAAAUGACUGGUGGCAAACCAGGUAAACUGAUUCAAAGUGUUCAUAGAUAAUAUGAUAAACAGAAAAAAGCAACAUUUGAUAGAGACUUAUAUAUCAAUAAAACACAUAUGUAAACCAAACAAAGUUCGAGCUUUGUUUUCGAAACAAAGGUUUUCAAACUCGAUCUGUAUCUUGGUUAUAACUCAAUAUUUGACUUUCAAAUUUUGAAAAAGCAUAAAAGUAACUAUGCAUAUUAACAAUUCUAAACAUCAAAAUUGGAAAAACAAAAUUUUUAAUUCCGAGCUCAAAUCCUGUCAAAGUCCCUUUAACAAAUAGUCAUUGGGGCCUUAUUUACUGUGAAUGUUAUGAAUUUGUUUAUGGUAGAGAUCAAAAGUUCAAUAUCCAACAAAAAACUAAAAUCACUUUGAUUUAUUAAAAAAAUUGUUUUAAGUGCUG